CACAGACACACUGUCCCAGGCCAGGAACAUGUCAGCCGGACACCAUUACAGCCAGAGCCGGGCAAUCCCCACUAGGACCAUCCCCAUCAGCGACUCCUCUCAGCUACCUCAUGACUAUUGCACCACCCCCGGGGGAACCCUAUUUUCCACCACCCCUGGAGGUACCCGUAUCAUUUAUGAUCGCAAGUUUCUCUUGGACCGUCGCAACUCCCCCCUGGCUCAGACACCACCUCGCCGCCUGCCAGAUAUUCCUGGAGUUACCAGCCCUAAAACUGCUGUAGAGGAACCCAAAGUAGAAAGAAACAACUUGAACAAUCAUGACACAAAGACCGCAGCAGGUGAUGAUGCUCAGUUUGAAAUGGACAUCUGAUCUCCUGGAUAUUUGGCAACAGCUCCCGAAACUUGCGUGUACCUAACUUGGCCAAUAGGAUCAUUUAUUAAAGAAAGGAAAGAAAAAAAAUAAGUCUGAUGCACAGAAAUUAAACCUGCCCUCCCAGGUGCCAAAGGUCAACGCAAAUAAGCAUUUCCACCUGCAACUGUAAUAACCCACCUCAAAUAGCAGUGUGUCUGUGUGGUGGUGGAGAAACUUGUAACUGAAAUUUCAGUGGCUUCAUUUUGGCAAAAGGAAAGAGAUACAGUUUGCCAAUGUGUACUGUAGCUGUCUGGAAAAUAUAUGUAAAUGGUUGGUGGCAGGAAUGAAAAUUGUACACUUAUUAUGCUUUCUAUACACUUUUUUUUUUCCUCCCCUCACCCACCCAAAUAUGUUUGUGUUAUUCCUACUAAAUGAUUACAGCAUGGAAUGCUGUGGGUAUUUUUGUGUGGAAUUCUUUCAAUGGGCAAUUCUCUCAUGCAGUGCUGCUUAUGUAGCUCUACUUUGGAAAUCAAAAGUUGUUUCUGAAUGCCACAAAAGUCCUCUCUUUAGGAGCCAUGUGCCAUAGGUCAUCCAAAGGAUCCAUCUUGCGGACAACUGAUAGCCCUUAAUCCUUUUAUAUAUUUGGACCUCAAUUAACCUUAACAUCAGUCAACAAUGACUCCAAUAAAUUUAACAAAUGUAGAAUUAAAAAAAAAA